AUGGCCAAUCAAGAUGGCGGAUCGAAGUCAAACAAUGGAUCAUCGAAGACUUUUACACCAUCCGACACGACCGACAUUUAUCGUAUCGGAGUGCGACCACCACCAUUUUGGGCCGAAGAACCAGCCGUUUGGUUCUCACAGCUAGAAGGCAAUUUUGUGCUGUCCGGUAUUAAGGAUGACGAUACAAAAUUUUAUUAUGUCACUUCAACACUGGAACAUAGAUAUGCCGCAGAAGUGAAAGAUAUCAUCGUUUCACCUCCAAAGACCGGGAAAUACGAACGAUUGAAAAGCGAACUGAUCAAGCGUCUAUCUACAUCGCGAGAAAAGGAAGUAAAACAGCUACUCAUGCAUGAGGAACUUGGGGACCGACGACCGUCGCAAUUUCUCCGACAUUUGCAGCAACUCGCAGGACCAACGGUUCCAGAAGAAUUUAUAAAAACCAUCUGGACCAGCCGCUUGCCCACUACACUUCAACCGAUCAUUGUAUCUCAGAAACGACUGGAUUUACUGGCUUUAGCAGACCUAGCCGACAGUGUGCACGAAAUAAUACCAUGCUCGCCUCAAAUAGCCACAACAUCAGCACUAAAGGCUACAGAACCGUCGCUCGCGUCGAUGGCCAAACAGAUCGACGAACUUUCAAGGCAAGUGAAGGCACUUACGACUCAUAAACACCGCUCCAGAUCUAGGACUAGAAGAGACAGUCCAGAUAGAAAAACGAAACGGUCACAGUCUAGCUAUAAAAAGUUUCCGACAUGUUGGUACCACUAUAAAUUUGGCAAUCAAGCGAAAUGGUGCACAAAACCUUGUGAUUUUCGGCCGGAAAACUACCAAGGCAGUCGGUAA